AUGUCAUCCUCCACAUUCCCCCCCGCAGAGCUCCGUGAAAUAGUAAAAGAAGUAGCCACCCUUCUAAAAGAACGCUCAGAAACAAUCUCAGUCGCAGAAACAGCAGCAGGCGGACUCAUCUCGGCGUCGCUCCUCUCGUUCCCAGGCGCAUCGGGCUUCUACUCCGGCGGGCUAACACUCUACACGCUACAAUCACGCAUUGCGUAUGCCGGCUGGACCGAAGACGCCAUCAAGGACUACAAAGGCCCGACGCCGGACAUUGUGUCCGGGCUGGCGGCGCACACUCGCCAGACGCUCGGCAGCACGUACACCGUCAGCGAGAGUGGCACUGCUGGGCCGACCGGUGGGCAGACGAGGAACCGCACGCCUGGGUAUGUGGCGCUGGCGGUUGCGAGUGACAAGGGGGUUGCCACAAGGGAGGUGGAGACGGGGAGUGUGGAUCGCGAGGCCAAUAUGGUGCGGUUUGCUGUUGAGGGGCUGCGGUUGGUGCGCGAUGUUAUCAAGGGCGAGGAGAAACUGUGA